AUGCCUGCCACCAUUGCCGCUCCGGAUGCCGUGGAGUCUACGAGAUUCCCCCUCAACUGGACUCCCAAACUCGACAUUAGUGGGCAGCAACCAGAGGACUUCUUAUUUCAGCGGUUGCCGGACGCAAGUAAUGAAAAGUUUCACAAUGUCGAGAUCACGCCGCCGGACACACCGGCGAGGUCAACAACUCCUGUUCACGACGUCGACCAGCUUGCCAGUGCCAUCUUGGAUGUCUUGCAACGCUACGGCCAGCAUCAAUCGUCGUCAGGUGUUGCAGCAAACUCGGGCCAGUGGCUGGGAAAAUCGCUCUUUAUGGACAAGGUCAGGGCACAGAUUGAGAAGAGUCAAGCUGUGCGCUUGAUCAUGCCGGCCUUUCCCUGGAAGAGCGUCAAUAAGUUGGAUAAAGUGACGGGAAUCUUGCCUGAUUUGGGCGAAGAGCUUGCACUCUACCGAUUGAACCAGAUGUGCGAAGAUAUUAAGCAAGUCUAUCCUCUUGGAGGUAAAGUCUUCAUAGCCACUGAUGGCCUCGUCUUCGACGAUGUUGUUGGCAUACCAGACGAAGAUACCUGGGCAUACGGCGAGGGUCUAGUGGAGAUGGCCAAGAAUCAUGGCCUGAAGAACAUUCAUCUCAUGAGAGUAAUGGACAUUCUUGGCUACACAGACGGCAAAAAUCUCGACAAAGAGCUCUAUCUCUCGCUUGCCCAGCGUUGCCGCGACGAGCUCCUCGCCAGCUACGGACGCACCGAGGCAGAAGUACGCCAAAUGAUGAAGGAUGACCCGGACACGCUGCUGACCUACUGCGGAUUCAUCCGCUUCCUCGAAGCUGACCUGAAAUUCAGCCCCAUCACUGCGGCCACCAAGGCGAUCAGCGGCCAGCAGUACCGCAAGACGGUCAAGAAGGUGGCCAUACAGAUGAUGAUCCGUGCGGAAUCAUUCACCAAGCUCUUGCAGGCCUAUUGCCCCGAAUACGUGCGUCUUUCCAUCCACCCAUCCUCUGGGGCGGUCAAACUUUCGGUGCCGCUCAUCACGCAAGCUUCGGGUGAUUUUCCACGCUCACCGUGGCACUCAAGCCUGGCCAUCUCUCUGGAUGGUUCUUACAAGACUGUGCACUCUAGAGACGUGCAGGAGUCGCAUGAUCUGGUUCCCAAGGACGGCCGCGGGUUCUACUUCCGCGAGAAGUCGGAGCAGUGGGACUUUGAAGAUGAUGAAAUCGUGUGCGAGCCUCGAUAUCCCAACAGAAUGAUUGUCAGGCCGGCAAGACUGGAGCUUUUGGGGACGAAGUCACUGUCAGCGAGGCAGCUGGAGAAGCUGGCGGUCUUGAGGGCCGCGCAUACGGCAGGGCCAGUUGUGGCCACGGGUUUUGCGCCCAUCCACAAACAUGGACUUGGAGACAAAUUUUAG